ACACCACUCCACACCCGGAAUUUACGAAAUUGCACUCGUCACGUCUCGAUUAUCACUCAUCCCUGAACUAUUCCGUGUUUUCGCUUAUCAAAAGUUCGUGAUUUUGGUCAAAAGAACCAGUCUGUCAAUUUGCCGUUACGUCAAAGUUAACCUCAAUUUCUCAUCUCGCGAGUGCGAAAUCCCGUUAGUCCGAAAGUAAACAAACACCAAUAGGCCAAAAAAUUCCUCUGGAUAGCCUCCAGCAGGAUGAUCAGCUGAUUUUUGAACUUUUGUGCUCCCAUUGUUUAUAUUUUCAGCUUGGAUGAGUUUGCACAAAUACGACUCGACCGAAUUUGUUGUAGAAAAUCAUUUUAUCUUAUCGUCGCAGCAGUCUUUGACCAGCUUUCCGCGAUGGCAGACGUAAAAAAAGUGCUCAAGGAGGCCGCCAUCCAGAUCGGCUCGGGGGGCUCCGCAGGCUUUGUGGAAGUUUGCAUAAUGCAUCCCUUGGAUUUAGUUAAAACCAGGCUGCAGAUCCAGAGCGGCAAGUCCCUUACUAAAAAUGACCCAAAGCACUAUUCCGGUAUAUUUGACUGUCUUCGGAAAAUGUACAAAUAUGAAGGCUUGACAUCGUUUUGGAAGGGAAUAGUGCCCCCUAUUUUAGCGGAGACCCCCAAACGAGCCGUCAAAUUUUUUACAUUUGAGCAAUAUAAACAAUUUUUUAUGUUUGGGUCACCCACUCCUACACCACUGACGUUUUCCUUGGCUGGUCUGGGGGCUGGCGUCACCGAAGCCAUCUUGGUAAACCCCUUUGAAGUCGUCAAAGUUACCCUGCAAUCUAAUAGAGCUGUAGGCAAAGAAUUGCCUAGUACGUGGGUUGUAACUAAAGAAAUUGUAAGGACUGACGGAUUGGGGUUCAAGGGGUUAAACAAAGGAGUUACAGCGACAAUCGCACGAAAUGGCCUUUUUAAUAUGGUUUAUUUUGGUUUUUAUCAUUCAGUCAAAGGGUAUUUGCCUGAAUUUGAGGAUCCGGUAAAAGAAUUCAUUAGGAAAGUGGGUAUAGGGUUUACAUCCGGUACUCUAGCCUCUUGUCUCAAUAUUCCAUUCGACGUGGCUAAAUCGAGAAUUCAGGGGCCCCAACCGGUCCCUGGACAAAUUAAAUAUAAAUCUACUUUAGGUUCGGUCGUUCUAGUUUAUAAGGAGGAAGGGUUUAUGGCUCUUUAUAAGGGAUUGCUUCCUAAAGUAUUACGUCUAGGGCCCGGUGGGGCGAUUAUGUUAGUCGUUUAUGACUACAUGCACACAUUUUUAACUGCAAAGCUAGCAUAAUGGACUGAAAUAAUUUUAUAUCUUCAUUUUUUUGUACAUUAGAUGUGGUCCAACUACCGUUUAUUUAAUACUAGUCUAAAAAAUGGGAAGGUGUAUUAUGCAAUAUGAACUCAAGUUAGACUUGAGUGAAAAUUCAAUAAAUUUUCUGGAAUGUUUUGUACAAUUGUGCAAUUGUUUUUACGUAUUCGUACUAUAUUUUUGUAAAAGUGGAAAAUAAUUUAAUGUAGGUGUUAUAUUUUUAAAACUGGAAUAAAAGAGUAUUUUACAAUUUGA